GAAGACGAAGACGUCAGUGCGCGUGCGUCUGUCACGCACUAAAGUGUCCCCACAAGCUGCAGUGAAGUGGAUGAAAGAAGUCGUCUUGUCUCCUCUCUCCUCAGCAGGACUCUUGUGUCCACUGAGAGAACUCCAAAAGACUAAAAGGGGAGGAAGAGGAGCGCAAAGGAGGAAGGAGAAGCGGUUCCCCUCGUGGGUGCGUCCUGGCCCCACUAUGCCUCCUCUGCUCUGGCCGUGACGCGCGUCCACCUGCCUUGCCGGGAGCAUGAAGACGACGCGGAAGUGUCGCGCCCUGCUGUCGGUGGGCCUGAACCUUGUGGCCCUAUUCUUGUCGACCACCGCCUUCAUCACCACCUACUGGUGCGAGGGCACCCAGCGUGUGCCCAAGCCCAACUGCAGCAAGCAGCGGCGCCACAACUGCAUCGACUACGGCGUCAACGAGACGGACCAGAGCAAGGUGCACUACAGCUGGGAGACCGGCGACGACCGUUUCCUAUUCCGCCGCUUCCACACCGGGAUCUGGUACUCGUGUGAGGAGAACAUCCACGAGGCAGGUGAGAAGUGUCGCAGCUUCAUUGACCUGGCCCCCGCGUCGGAGAGGGGCGUGUUGUGGUUGUCGGUGGUGUCCGAGGUUCUUUACAUCCUGCUGCUGGUGGUCGGCUUCAGUCUGAUGUGUUUGGAGCUUUUCCACUCCAGCAACGUCAUCGACGGUCUCAAGCUCAACGCCUUCGCCGCCGUCUUCACAGUGCUGUCCGGUCUUCUGGGUAUGGUGGCCCACAUGAUGUACACACAAGUGUUUCAGAUCACAGUCAGUCUGGGUCCUGAAGACUGGAGGCCUCACAGCUGGGACUAUGGAUGGUCCUUCUGCAUGGCGUGGGGCUCCUUCACGUGCUGCAUGGCCGCCUCCGUCACCACGCUCAACUCCUACACCAAAACGGUGAUCGAGUUCCGCCACAAGCGCAAACUGUUCGAGCAGGGCCUCCGCGAGGAACAGAACUUCCUGGACCAGGAGGCUUUCCACUACUUCCGGGACCGUUCCCUGCAAUCCAUCUCCGGCGCCCUGGACGUGUACCCUGGCCACGGCGGCAUGGCUGGUCCCGGUCCAGACCCUGGGGCGGGUCGGGGAAAGAUGAGGGCGGCCUCCAUAGACUUGGGCGAGAACACGGACUCACUAGGGGAGGAGCAGUGCUGAGUCUCCUGGACCCUCAGAUGUGAAUGUGCAGCCGCCUAUAUUUGAUUAUCAUAAUCAAACUUGGUAAGAGAGAGACAGUUACCAAAAAAAGAUACAUUCUCUUUGUUCAUACAUAUCUAAUAACAACAUAAGAUGAUGACAAUAUAACAGUACGUCAUGCAACAACAUGCACUCUUGAUUUUUGGUUAGUUUUUUUAUGGAAAGAAGCUUUUUCUAGCACAAUUCAAGAUGCUUCGUGUAGAAUUUGAAUGUCACUUGCUGACUUUAGUCCAUUUGAUGACCAGCGUACAGUCUUUUGUACUUAAGUUCAAGUACUGUAAAAGUAACAAGAUUUCAGUUUCGUUACACUGAAGUACGUACAGUACAUCGUGUUUACACUUGCGCAGUUCAACAUGUCCGAAAAGGAGCAGAUCUUAUAAAUCCUACUCCUUCCCCAUAUCUCAGCAGUUACUGACAGUUUGCUCACUUCCUGUGUAAUGAUGCCUCUCUCUGACUUAUAAAUAAAUGCUCAUCAUCACAUGGUGAUCAUCAGGAGAAGAUGUUACACAUAGCACUUUGAAUCAACUUUAUUUACAGAAAGUUCAGUGACACUGAAUGUAAACACGUAACAACGGUCGUGUUCUAUAGAAAACAACUGUUGUCUUAUACUGCUUUGUGUUUUGUAAAGUAUUUGCACCAAGCCUUGGAUAAAAUUGAAAUAUAAACAAUUAUACUACAGAUAUUUACUCAGAGGUUGACGCUGUCAAAGGCUGUUAUAGCACUGACUCUCCUUGCGGAGAGCAAUUUGAAAAGGGUUAUUACAGUAUUUGUUAGUUCCACUGUCAUGAAAGUGUCAUUGUUGCAACAUGUAAGAACCAAAGAGUUCAAGAAAAAGCUUUUUGGUGUUAGACAAAUCUCUGUGGUGUGCGGUGGUUAUCUAUUAUAGUAUUAUAUAUUUUGAAUGAACAUGCACAUGAAUAAACAUCACAA